AUGACGUUGGUCAACCGGAGUAAGGAUAAUCAACUGGCACGGAGCGGAUUUCAAUGGGGCAAGAACCGAGCUGGGCCAAAUAGAUUGGAACCAAAGUCCACUACAAUUCCUCCAAAAAAAUCGGACCCUGUGACAUCAGAAACUGUGGUUUUCUGGGGACUGCGACUAUGGCAGGUGAUCGGGGUCUUCUCCAUAUUCGUCUUGGCCGUGAUAAUUGUACUGUGUUGCAUCUUCAAGUGCCGAAUACCCAGGACAAAGAAGGAGAUCGAAGCACGAUACGCCCAGCGUCAGGCUGCAAAGAAAUAUGCCAACACCUUGGAUAAUGUUCCACCACUGAAUGAGCUGACAGAGAUGCCAGGAGAUUCCUCUGACACUAUCCCUCUGCAAACUGUCUCUGGUCAGCUCCAGCACAGAUCUGUCCACUCUCUACCUGUCCUUCAGGAGGAAGAUGAAAUGGCGCCUCUCUGA